CAAUAAUUGGGCUUUCGCUCUUGUGAGUAUUUCUUACCAGCCCAAUUUAUUGUUGCAACCAAAAUCUGAGCCCAUUUUCUAUUAUUAGAGAAGAAUUUUUAUUUGCGUUAUUGAUUAUACCGUCCGUUACCGUCACUGUUUUUCUCCGACUGAGAGCGAGUUACACCACUCGGUUGCUGAAAUCCGAUUAGGAAACACUACCACCUGCAAAAAUGUUUCUCCGGCGAAUUGCGCGGCCGUUGAUGAUGAUGGCCAAAGUGAAGGAGACUACAGGGAUCGUCGGCCUUGACGUUGUACCGAACGCGCGUGAAGUUCUGAUCGGACUGUACAGCAAAACCCUAGAAGAGAUUAAGGCGGUGCCUGAGGACGAAGGCUACCGCAAGGCCGUUGAGAGCUUCACGCGCCACCGGUUGAAGGUUUGCCAGGAGGAGGAGGAUUGGGAGGCGAUCGAGAAAAGGCUGGGAUGUGGACAGGUCGAAGAGUUGAUUGAGGAAGCUGAAGAUGAGCUCAAGCUCAUUGGUCAUAUGAACGAAUGGAAGCCAUGGGGAAUUCCCGAUGAUUAUGAAUGUGAGGUUAUCGAGAAUGAUGCUCCUGUCCCGAAGCAUGUCCCCCAUCAUCGACCUGGCCCACUUCCUGAGGAAUUCUACAAGACGCUUGAGGCUGUUGAAACUGGCACUUUGAGUGCUGCAAUUUCAAGCUCAGAGAAGAAAACUCCCGAGAUCUCUGGGGAAGUGCAAGCUCAGUAGCUUGCUUCUAUGGUUGUUUUCGGUUUAUUUUUCAAGCACUUUCGACUGUUGGGAGUUAUAAUAAUCAGUCUGCUCCGAGUGUAAGAUUUGUUGUUGGCUCAUGUUCUGUUCUUAAUGAUAUACAUUCUCUUUUGUUUUUCUUCUUUAUUCGACCAUAUGUCUGUAUUGUGAUCAUCUGGAUGAGAAAGCUCCAGUCUUUGGUUGAUCAUAUCAGUUGAUUUUCCCCAUAGGCUAAGUUUUUGUUUUAUUAUGCUUAAUGGGUGCAAUUAAGCAGCUGAUAUUGGGAAUAUUACUUGCUUACGCCUUCUACUCAUCUGCAUUUUAUGUGCUCACAACUGGGUUAAGU